AGUGAGUGGUCAUGGAGCCCAGAACCGAGCUAGGUACCUGAAGCUUCCACUUCCUUGCAGUGACUCGGUCCAGCAGCUGAGGUGAAGGAAGCUCCCGUCGAUUUCCCGUCUUGCGCCUUGGAGUCACCUCAUCGACAAACGAAUGCGCAGAAAUCCGACAAACUCUGGGUUGUGUAGUUGGUUUGGAGUUGUCAAUCACCACAAAGCCUCUGUAUCUCCGAUUCGCCGUUCAUCAUUCCCUCCCCCCGGCGUCGUUCACUACCUGGGUGCCUAGAUCCAUCAUCCAUCAAGUUAGAAGACGGGAGCUAUUACCUAUAACUACAACGAGAGCGCCACCGUUGGGCAGACUUGGAAACACUACGCUCAAGAUUACCACGAGGGCAGAGGUCGCACACCUUUUGGGCGAACACACCGACUGUACUGAAAACAUGCGCUGCCUUGGUUAUCCCCGAUGAGCGUGAACACACCGCGGCGGGAUGAGGAGGGGUCAGUGGACGACAUAAUGGCCGACGAACCCGAUCUUGGUCCAGCCGACGCCCAAAGCUUGAGCAGCGACGAAAUCUCCCGACAACAAAACGAGGACGACCAGGCCACCUUUACGGGUGUAGAUGGGGAGGAAGUGGGAGAGCAGCCAACAGCGGCAUCCCCCAUCGCACUUACUCCGAUUGCGCCGAGUGCCAUAGCGAACCGUUACCGCGAGCUGGUCGAGGCCGAACACGAUGUGACAACCUCAGAGGACGGUUCUGUAGAUGGAGUACUGCGCUCAGCCGCAAGCCCUCUUGAGUCCUUUCCUACGCUUUCUGGAGACUCUCCCUCCGCACAAGGUUCCGUCGUUUCGUCUCCGGGUAGCAGCAACAUUCUACCGUCUUUGGCACUCCGUCCCGGGUUAAGAGGCCCAACACCCUCCUUCAGACCCUUUGAUAGGAGGUUCUCCUCCUUUGGCUCGCCUGGUACCCUCUCCCCACGGCCUUCCUCGCCCGCAUUCCUGGCGGGCCAUAGCAGGACGCUAUCCGUUACAAGCAAUCUACUACUCGACUCCAGCGAAACCGAAUCAAGCUCCCCUCCCUGGGAAGUUGUGCGCUGGACAAAGUUACUGAAGUUGGAUGGCCUAGCAUUCUCCGAAUCUGGGAAAAGGAACUUUGGCUCUCCAACAUGCCUGGCCGUGUCUGCCUCGAUUGUUCUGGGAACGUCAAAAGGAGUCAUCCUAGUGUUCGAUUUCAACCAAAAUUUGAAGAUGAUCAUUGGGCCGGGAACAAAAGCUGUUGAAUCAGGUGCCGUGAUAUCUCUAGCAAUUUCUGCAGACCACACGACAAUUGCAGGCGGACAUGCCAAUGGAAAUAUCUUUACAUGGGAUACCACUCGUCCUUCACGACCGUUCCUCAGUAUUCCACAUCUACCCCAGCUUCAGCAGAGAUCGACGGACGGACAUGUCCCCAAUGCUGCGAUAACACACUUGGGCUUUCUGGGGACCCGACAUACAGCCCUGGUAUCUGCUGAUGACCGAGGGAUGGCCUUCUCUCACCUUGCCACACGGGGUACCGGAUCACUUGGCAGGACUGUCAAAACCACUCGAAUUCUCGGCCGGUAUCCAGACGCUCCUCCGCCUGUUGGGAAGACACUCAAGCCCAGUACCGUGCUUGCCUUCCAAUCUCUGCCUCUAGGAAACGUUGAGAUGGCCACAGACUCUAUGGGCUUGACAGCCAUGCUCACCCCAUACUUGCUAGUCAUCGUCUCCACUACGCCUGUUGCUCAAACACAACAUAAAUCUGCGCGUCCAAAGGAAAUAACUGCACACAGCGCCAUGACGGGAUGUUUAGCUUGGUUCCCUGCAGUGAGAUUGAAGGUGCCAGAUCCUCUUACUGGCAGCAUUGUGUCCAAGGUCAAGCUCGUCUACUGCUGGUCAAAUGUCCUUACGGUCCUUGAGGUGGAAGAGGAGCCUGCAGAAAACAAGGAUAAACCGCCAACCCUCAGAUUCAGACCCCGAAACCGGUGGAAAUGCGAAGAGCCAAUAGUUGCUGUACAAUGGCUGAGCCGGUCUGUGUUGACAGUCCUCACCAUCACUCAGAGGCUCAUUGUGCUGGAGGAUCGAACCAUGCGCAUGACUGAAGCAUUCGACCUUAUCCACAAGCACAUCUACCAUGCUGAUCUUUUCUCCAAGCAACUUCACGCUCUGGUCGAGCAGCUUGACGAUGAAGAUCCUACCAUGCACGGUGUCGUUGCUGAUGCCUUCUAUAUGAGCUUCAAAGCUUACAAAGGCCGGCUUUUUCUACUUGGGUUUACCGAUGUUUCGUUAGGCGCCCUAUCUAAUUGGGCAGAUCGGCUGUUCGCAUUGAUGGAAAGCGGUGACUAUGUUGGUGCUAUUCGACUUGCGACAUCUUACUACACGGGCGACGCCAACAAGCUGACUGUUGGCUUACCGGAGGAUACGGCCUUGAGACAUUCCAUGGUCAUCGAUAAACUCGUGGAGAUCAUGAGCGCAUCUCUCAAAUAUGCAUUUGGGCAGAGAACAAAACGCCGAGAAGCAGGAGACGAUAAGCACCUUCGGGAACUGGCUGAAACAUGCUUCAUAGCUUCUCACAACGCCGGGAAAACCGACUUCCUCUUCGACGAGAUGUACGAAUGGUAUGAAGAAGCCGGUCUGGAAGGAGUCUUUUUGGAAACCCUUGAACCGUACAUCAUCGAUGGAUCGAUUACGGCCAUCCCGCCCGCAGUUGUGAAAGCUUUGGUCGCUCACUUCGUCAGCAACGGGCUCGAAACCAGGCUCGAAGACAUCAUCUGCCACAUGGACACCUCAACCCUAGAUCUCGAUCAAGUCACGACGCUUUGCAAAAAGCAUGGCCUCUAUGAUGCAUUAAUUUACGUGUGGAACCAAGCCUUAAACGACUAUCUCACCCCAUUCAUUGACUUGCUGGCCUUAUUGGUACCUUUGAUGCAGAACGGGCAUGCAGAUGGUACAACAAGCGUGUUGGAGAACGAAACUAGAGAAACGAAUGCACUGAAGAUCUUCCCAUAUCUGUCGUUUAUCCUGACCGGGAAGACCUAUCCUACUGGGGACACAAUUCCUGAUGUUGUAGCUCAAAAGGCUAAAGCGGAGAUUUACUGGUUUCUCUUUUCGGGCAAAAGUAUCUGCUGGCCUAAGGGCAGUAGCAAGAGGCUGCUUACGCAACCAGAACAGUCUCAAGAGCCAUCCUUCCCCUACUUGAGGAUGAUUCUCAACUUUGACGCACCCAGCUUCCUGAGCGUGCUCAACGAGGCCUUUGAAGACUCCUUCUUGAACGAUUCACCUGAAAAGCAGCUUGCUGGUGGCCCAAGUCGUGAUCUUUCAGAGGAAGAAAUAUUUGGUCUGACGGUAGACAGACAGUACAUUACCUCCAUCUUAAUGGAGAUAAUGAGCUCGGCAGACUUUGCCAAGGAAGACACUAUCUAUCUCGAUAUGUUUAUUGCCAGAAACCUUCCCAAGUACCCGCAAUACCUUCUUUUCACGGGAUCGACACUUACCAAGGUCCUGGUCGAGCUGUGUCGAUAUCCAGGGGAUGACCUUGCCGAGGAUGCCCAACUAAGCGCCGAAUAUCUACUUUCAGUUUAUCAUCCGCCAGAUCUACCCGACUUGAUACCGCGGUUCAAGGAGGCUGGAUUUUAUCGGAUACUGAAGCGUAUAUACAAAGCAGACAAACAGUAUGGGAAAUUGACUCUGACCUACUUCGAAGAUCCGAAUGAGCGGGAAGCUAUCUUUGACUGCAUCGAACUCUGUCUCCGACCGCACUCAGGUCUUACCCGUCGCCAGAUACAGGACGUACAUCAGGUCAUCAAGGAUCACGCCGGUAAACUAGUCCAGAUUGACUCUGUUAGAGCGGCGCAAGCAAUAGGGACCUACGCUCCAGAGUUGCACAGUCACGUCCUGGAUUCCGUUUCUGAGCAGCCGCACCUUCGGUAUACUUAUCUGAAGAUGAUACUGGAGCCAAGUAAGGAGGUGAUGAACGUCCGUCCGCCUCAACAAGAUCUUGUGGAGCAGUAUCUGCAGCUCAUGUGCCAGUUUGAACCAUCACAUGUACCGGAAUACGUAAACAAAGUCCAAGCUACGAACUUGAGGUUAGAGAAGCUACUGCCUACGAUGGAAGAGACGGGUGUAAUCGACGCUGCCGUCAUACUGAUGGCGAAAGAAGGGCAAGUGAAGGAGGCCAUGGCGCGACUGACGAGACACUUGGAAACUCUUGAAUCAGCCUUAUACGGUCUAUUGACCGGAACCGCCUCUCAGUCGCAAGGAGAUCUCAAUUCCCAAGAAAGUACGGAGGAACUUAUGCAAGCUUUGCAAAACUACACUCGUGUGGGCGUUUGGCUGUGUCAGGAACAAACCAAAGCCGCUCGAGAGAGUGGUAAUACACGUCAACGACACAAAUCAAAUUCUGAAGACGAGCUUUCGCCCGACGAGCAACUCUGGCUCAGCUUGGUUGAGAGCUGUGUACAGAUCACCAAGCGGGCUACUUCAGCCUUGCAGCUACCACCCCCAGAUGAUUCAGCACAAGCACAGCUUAUGAACGGCGAUUCUAACCCCAACAGUGAACCAUUCCAUAUGUCAUUAGAGACAGAAAAGCUUGUCACCUUGGCACGAUCGCUCGUGCAAGACACCUUUACAGCCCUCCUCUCAUCCACAUCAACCCGUACCUCUCGAUCUGCAGCAGACACGGGUGAUAUACAACCUCCAGCAAUAAACGCCAAUCUAUCCUUCCUCCGUAUUCUUCGUGCGUUCCUCACUCGCGCCGCGGCGUCGUCGCCUAACCUUGCAGAUCUCCGUUCAGUUCUCUCCAGUAUCUUCGCCGCAUACGCAUACGAAGAAUCCAUCCUUAGCCUCUCAAACCGGCUUUUGGAACGCAGUCUUUUUGUGAGUGUAAGCCAAGCCGUCCAACUCCGCCAGCGAGGUUGGCGUCCUAAAGGCUCCACCUGCGAGGCCUGCGGCCGGCGAGUUUGGGGUCCUGGUGUGGCGGGUAAUGUCUACGAAGCGUGGGAAGAUCGCCAGGCUGCUGAGGAGAGUCAACGCCAGGCGAGGAAGCAACUCACCAUGAGCAAAAACAAGGCGGCGAGUGCUACUACUGAACGGGGGAAGGGCAAGGAUCAUGCGUGGCCGGCAACGGACGGGCCCCAGGGUGGGGAGAAGUAUAAUGGAAAUGCAAAUGGAGAUGGAAAGGGGAAGGGCAAGGGAAAGGCUGUGAGCCCGCAAUUGAAGCAGCAAGGGGAGUCAAUGAACGACCCGAACCAGCAAGCAAACACUUCUGGACAUGAAGGCGUGCAAGGGCCAAUAGUGGCAAACCGGGAACAGAAGCUUAGCCCUCUGGUUGUGCUGGCCUGCAGACACAUCUACCAUCAAGCAUGCCUGGACGCUCUUGAGAUGAAACAUGGGGGCGCGGUUUCCAAAGGAGCUAGUUUUGGAACGAAGAGAGAGUAUAGCUGCCCCAUUGACAGGUAGGACUGAUGAGAGGAUUAUGGAUUGUCUAGAAGAAAUUACACUUUGUACGUAGAAGCUUUACGGUGAAUGAACUACUUGGAGACAGUUGAAGCUCUGGGAUCUAGCCGUGAUUAAAGUCAAAACUGGCAAUACAGGCAAUGGUUGGCGUG